AUGGGUCUUGGUGGUAAGGAUAAUUCGCUGGGUAAUAUUGGUAAAAUUAUCCUCGACAACAUUAUCUCCGGAAAGUUCAGGCGAGAUGUAGACCCGUUCGUUCGUCCGGAACCAAGACCAGAUCGCACCGGUGGAAUCACGCCAAUACAGCCAAUUCCUUCUCAUGCACCGCUUGACUUCUAUGAAGAACGUGACAAAUGCCUGCAGGAGAAACGCCUCUUUGAGGAUCCACACUUCCCUGCUCAGGACAGUUCGUUGUUCUACAGCAAAAGUCCUCCGAAACGAAUUGAAUGGCUCAGGCCUGGUGAAAUUGUCCGUGAUCCACAGCUUAUCACUGAAGGCCAUUCGCGUUUCGAUGUGAUUCAAGGAGAACUCGGUGAUUGUUGGCUGCUUGCUGCCGCUGCUAACCUCACCCUCAAGGAUGAGCUGUUCUAUCGUGUUGUACCGCCAGAUCAGUCGUUCACUGAGAAUUAUGCAGGUAUUUUCCAUUUCCAAUUCUGGCAAUAUGGUAAAUGGGUGGAUGUGGUGGUUGAUGAUCGUCUACCAACAUCCAACGGCGAACUGUUGUACAUGCACUCUAAGAGUAACAACGAGUUCUGGAGUGCUCUUCUGGAGAAGGCUUACGCC